GUGUGUGUGUGUAUCCCCUGCCCCAGUGCUCAUUUUUCCUCCGCUCCCUUGUCCUUGCAUUCAUCCACUGGGCUUGUGAGACGCCCCUCCCAAACGACUGCGCCCUUCAUUGUGAUUCGGUGGCUCGAUCCCUCAGGGGCCCGCUUCUGUCUUUCCAAGUGGUCAGUGUCCACUGCUACGUACUCCCUGCGCCCGUCAACUCGACUCUUCGUCUUUCUCUCAACCCAAACACGAUCACAUUCCUUUCGACCAGCAUCACACUCGACGAAUUCGACCACAUCGCCAUCGAGGCAACAACAUCAAUACGACUGGAUUUCCAAGGCUGCAACGUCUCAUAUUUCCAGCUUCACGCACUCGCUUACCUGCAUUGCCGAUUCCGUUGAUCUCAGGGGUCUUUGUGUCAAGUCUGAAACACCUCGCAUUCUUGGAAGGAGAACGGCCUCGAUUCUUCCAACCUCGCUCUUUGCAAUCGUCAUUGAAUACCGCAACACUAUCGAACAGAAAACAACAGUCGAGAGUUGAAAAUACAUCGCAGAAGCAGCGCUGGUCGCUGCUAGAGAAUUGACAAAGAGCUCGACAACCCGCGCCCAUCGUGGAAGGUUGCACUUGUGUGCAGUCUGCCUGUUCUUGCAUAUCACCGACUUUUGGAUUGCUACCACCAACCUCGAUCCUUCUUUGGCCAAAAUCAUCGAGUCUGAGCAACUAUUGUACGGGGAAGAAAUCUUGUGUCGAUAUUUCGAAUAUACUCCCGACUUUUGGUAUAACCCAAUUAUCAUUACAACAAAGUAAACCUACAAGAAUGACGCGAUCACUACUUCGAGCUGUCGUGCUGACUUCGGCACUUGCGCUCUUCGCAACCCCUUCCACAGCACAGUCCUCCCCCACGUCGACAGAAGCCGCCGGGGCUAUCCAAACAUUAGACUGCUAUCAGCUUCAUAACCCUACUUUCCUCCAGGAUCAAGGUGCCAAUACCUUCCAGUCUUCUGGGUAUUGUCAGGGAGUAUGUGCGGGCCUCAACAAACCCGUUAUGGCCACCACAGGUGGCACAAAUUGCUUCUGUGGCGAUGAACUGCCUCCUCCGAGUGCGAAAGUAGACGGUGACAACUGCAAUGCUCCUUGCAAAGGAUACAAUCAGCAAACUUGUGGCGGCAUUGGUGGCUAUUUCCAGCUCUAUCUCUCUGGCUUGACUGGUAAUGUCGAGAUAGCGCCAGAUCCUAGCUCCUCUGCAUCGGCCAGCCUGACUGCAACCAAGUCUACCGCUCCAGUUGUCACCAUGACAGUGCCACCUACAAGUGCUCUACCUGCAAGCUCCACCAGCUCCGCCGCUAAGGCUGGAAAGUCUUCGAGCCCCAGCAAAGUUGGUAUUGCUGUUGGGGUGGUGGUAGGUGUGAUCGCUUUGGCCGGCAUCAUCGGCGCAGUGGUGCUAUUUAUGAAGCGAAGGAGGAACCGCGAGAUCGAAGAGGAACACCGUCGCAACGCUGCCAUUGGCUCUGCAAAAUCUGACAAAUCGUCUGUCACUGACCAGCGGCUGGACCCAUCCAUCUACUCACAUCGUCGUCAAAGCAUUGGCAGUAUCGCUGAUGAGCGAGACUUUUCCCGGAGGAUACUACAGGUACGGAAUCCUGAUCGAGACUCGAGAACAUCCAACUUGGCAUAAAGUCCGCGUCAUCCUGGGAAGACUGUUCGGUCUGCCAGAUUCGAUCACGAUCUCUGCCACGAAUUUUCUGUCUGGAACUUUGUGUCAUCACAUACUCUCACGACUUUGAAGUUGCGAUUAGCCAUCUCCGCCGUUGAACAAUAUAUACAAUACAGCUUUGCUUUUCUCCAUUUCAGCAUUACAAUCGAAAUGAUGACUGUCCUUUCCCAACCGCUACAUUCCUUUAUAAGUUAUCACGGUGUUAUUAGACCAGCACACUCACGCUCCUUUCUAGUUGUGGUUGAAGCAUAGCUUGGCGUUGGUGGUUCAGGUGAAUGUUUGAGUGACUUGGUUGUUUAUCCCUUGAACCAGAGACUUGGAGCAGAAGGCAACUUGGUCAAAGAAGAAAAAGAAGAAGAAGAAUCAGAAGCAGAUCGUCGUCAAAGACAUGAGAAUCUUGACUCGUUAUACCUCAGAUAUUUUGUGUCUUGUGUGGCUUGGAAGGAGGAGAGGAUGAGGAUUUUGAGGUAUAUCACAGAACAUUCUGGCGACCUUAUCUUAAUUAAUUAAUCCGCCGAUAUUGGCCAAUGUCGUUUGGGUUAUCGUCUUACGGGACGGACAAAGCUUGGAAAGAUUCUUGCAACGAGCAAGGGCAAUGUAAAGGAUAGGCAAAGGACGUGUGCGACUUUGUACUUCUAUCUGAGGCCACGAUGAGUUGGACGAGAGUUGGACAUGACGAGUCAUGUGUCGAGCAAUCUUUUGUUGCUAGGUUAGAUAUUUUCUCCUGUACUACUACUAUAACUACUACGAUCUAAAAAA